UCCAUAGCAACCUAUAUAAAACUAAGAGUUUUGCUUAAGCAAUAUGCAUCAAACUUCUUAGUGCUUAAGAUUUUUUCUUAACUUAAGAAUCAUCCAUAGGUUACUUAAGCACUAAGAAUUUUCUAAAGUAAACAAAGAUGGCCGCCCAUGCAAUCAUCGACAGAACCAACAUUUUAGAAAAAUACACAGAAACAGAGUUGACACGAAGAUUUAGAUUAUCAAAAGAUGGUAUACAAUUUGUAGUAAGUCUCAUUUCCAAUGAAAUUUCACCUCUCACUCAAAGAAGUCAUCCUUUAUCAGCUACUGACAAAGUUCUACUGACGCUGCGUUACUUUGCCACGGGCAAAAUGCAGCUGUGUAAUGCGGACCACAUUGGUGUUUCACAGUCUUCAGUGAGUAGGGCCAUUAACCAAACAAUAACUGCACUGUCUGCCCCUGCCAUUGUUCGACAGUUCGUUUCGCUUCCUACCAGUCCGACUGAAAUCCGACGAAACCAACUUGGUUUCUAUGGCAUCGGUAAUUUUCCCGGAGUGGUUGGCGUUAUAGAUGGCACCCACAUUCAGAUUAUUGCACCAUCCCAGCACGAACCUGCUUAUGUGAACAGAAAGCAGUACCACAGCAUCAAUACUCAGGUUGUCUUUGACCACAGUUCACACAUCAUUGACAUUGUUGCGAAAUGGCCCGGGUCCACUCAUGACUCGCGCAUACUGACCGAGAGCGGCGUUUGUGCUUUGUUCUCUCGCCACCUGAUGCCUGCCCGCUGCCACUUGCUUGGAGACAGUGGAUAUCCAUGUAGAGACUGGCUCCUCACUCCUUAUCUUCAGCCAAAUCCCGGCUCUCAGACAGCAUACAACAGAGCUCAUAAGAGGACACGCAGCAUAGUGGAGAGGGAAUAG